AUCAGCCACCACGGUGACGUAACGCAAGCGUUUGCACACGGCUCGCCGUCCUUCCUGGGCCCGCCCUGCCUCGUGCCAGAGCGCGGGCAGGAGCUGACUGAAGGAAGAGGUCCGGAGAGCACGAGACACACUGGAGGCCAAAAUGUUUUUCAGUAAGGACCUUCAUAUAUCAAGGACCUGUGCUUUGAUUUAAUGUACAGCUGAAUUAGACAUUACUUUUGACUUUGCAGAAAUUGUGUAAAAGAUACCAUGGCAAGUCACCUUGUGAAAUCUGCAGAAAAUAAAAGUUGUAAGCGACCAAGAGAGAUGGAGAAUGAAACUUCAGUGAACUCACAGCUAUCUUCUCUUGAAAAACCAGAUUUUGUCUUUUCUGAAAAUGCUGUGCCAUCAUUUUACAAAGCUGAAGUCCUGGAGAAAGUUUUAAAUGAUAUGAGCAAGGAGAUUAAUCUACUGUUGACUAAAUAUGCACAGAUUUUAAGUGAGAGAGCUGCAGUGGAUGCUUCUUACAUUGAAGAGUUUGAUGCAAUCUUCAAAGAAGCCAGUACUUUAGAAAACCUCCUGAAACAAAAAAGAGAAAGUCUGAGGCAAAGAUUCACAAUGAUUGCAAAUACUCUGCAAAGCUAAAAUGAAAUAUAAAUGCAAAAUAAUAGGAGAAACCAAACUGUUUGUUAUACCAUUUCUGUUGUGUAUUUAAAAAUGCUAAUAUGUGCUUUGAAAAUACAAUAUUCAUCACCUGUCUUUAGUAGCUAUAGAAAAUGUACAGAAUUCAUUUAUAAAAGGAAAUAUUCAAGAUUUUUUGUUGGAUUUGAUAGAAUUUCUAAGACAUCAGUUUUAAAUAUUUGCUUUUUAUCUUGAAGUUUUAUAACUGACAUAAAAAUGUAAAAUUUUGUUAGUCUAAUCACAUGUGGGUAAUUUUCUUUUUGUCUUAAAACUCCUUGCAUUUUAAAGAGGACUUCCUGGGAUAAAUGAAUAGAAACCAGUUUGAAAGUGAA